UGGAGAAAAUUCAACAAAUCAAUUCAAAUGGAAAUAACGCUCGUCCCAUGAAGGUUGCAGUAAUUGGAGCUGGAUUGGUCGGCUCACUUGCUGCAUUAAAUUUAGCAAAAAAGGGUCAUGAAGUUCAUUUAUACGAAUAUCGAGGAGAUUCACGAGGAUCCGAAAUUACACAAGGACGAAGUAUCAAUUUGGCCCUGUCUCAAAGAGGUCGGAAAGCAUUGGCAGCUGUUGGUUUGGAAGAUGAGGUUCUUAAAACAGCAAUUCCAAUGAAAGGACGUAUGUUGCAUGAUUUGAAAGGAAAUACAACAGUUGUCAUUUAUGAUUCAUGUAAUCAUCAGUGUCUUUAUUCCGUUGGAAGAAAAUAUUUGAAUGAAAUACUUUUAAACAAAGGAGAACAAUAUGAAAAUAUUCAUUUACAUUUUCAACAUAAAUUAGUUACAGCCAACUUGACAGAAGGCACAAUGCAAUUUAAUAGAAACUAUUCCAGCACCGAAAUUGUCAAUACCGAAGCCGAUUUGAUAAUUGGAUGUGAUGGUGCAUUUAGUGCUGUACGAAACCAAAUGAUCAAAGUUCCUGGCUUCAAUUAUACUCAAGAAUACAUUGAACAUGGUUACUUAGAGCUCUGUAUACCGGCUAAAAAUGGAGAAUUUCAAAUGCCAGAGAAUUAUCUUCAUAUCUGGCCAAGGGGUUCCUACAUGAUGAUUGCUCUACCAAAUCAAGACAAAUCAUUUACAGUGACUCUUUCAAUGCCAUUUACAGUUUUCAGCACAAUAACAGAUGCCGAUUCUUUGAUUGAAUUCUUUGAAACAAAUUACUGCGAUGCUCUUCCUUUGAUUGGAAAAGAAAAACUUAUUAAGGAUUUCUUUAAAUCGAAACCACAACAUUUGGUAUCAAUUAAGUGUUACCCCUAUCACAAUGGUAAGUCACUUCUAAUUGGCGAUGCCGCCCACGCAAUGGUACCUUACUAUGGACAAGGAAUGAAUGCUGGAUUCGAAGAUUGCAGUGUGCUAUUCUCAAUUUUUGAACAGCCAAACUUAGCCGUCGAAGAAGUCUUGAAGCAAUUUACUGAAACAAGAUGGCAGGAUGCACAUGCUAUUUGUGAUCUAGCAAUGUAUAAUUAUGUUGUGAUGAGAGAUUUGACAAAACGCUUUUCAUUCCGUUGUCGAAAAGUCUUUGAUGAUUUGCUUUACACAUUGUUUCCAAACUUUUGGGUACCACUUUACAAUAGUGUUUCAUUUACAAAUAUGCCUUACCGGAAGUGUAUUGAAAAUAGAAAAUGGCAAGAUAAGGCACUUCACAAGACAUUCAUUGUUUUAGGAAGUUUAACUGCACUCAUUGGAAUAUCCUACGCAGCAGUCGUUUACGUUCCAGAUCUAAUAUCUAAUGGCACAAUAAGGUUGUCAUUAAAAUAAACGUUUGUUGUUUUUGUAAUGUUAAAUGGAUGUAGUUGUUUUCCAAAUAUAUUUUUCGUUUUUUUGUAAUAUUGUUAA